AUGGCAUUCCAAAGUAUUGUUAAUGGAGCAGAAUGUUCUACUAGUUCUAAUCCUAUGACACAAUUUAUAAAGCAGUUUAAUGAAGAUCUUUCAUUACAAAAGGAAGUUUUCAUUCCAGUAAACGAUAAAGCGGGCCCAAGUACAUUUCGUACAGCUGGACCAGAAGUUGACAUACAAGAAAAACAAAAAUAA